AGAUGAACUCCAGAUGUAGUUUGUUCUCUCCUGUACACCAUACUUGGCAUCUGUUCAACAGCUCUCUGGUUUGUGUGUGCGCGUCCUUGUAUGGCCCUCCGUAGGCAAGCAGCAGGACACUUUGCAAAGAGAACAGACGGACAUGAGACCCUUACUGAGCCUUCAACAGGUGGCCACCAGAGCCUUCAAUACAACAGCCAGGCAGAUGAAAAACAGGGUUCCAGAGAAGCAAAAGCUAUUCCAGGAGGACAAUGGUUUGCCAGUACACAUCAAAGGAGGAAGCAUUGAUAUGUUACUUUACCGUGUAACCAUGACCCUCACCAUUUUUGGCACUGGAUUAUCCUGUUACUGGCUUCUGGUGGCCUCGAUGCCCAAAAGCAAAGCAGAGUAAGAAAAGGAUCUGUGAGAACUCUUCAUGUGUCAUAUGAACUAAAGUUUAAAAUGAUGUUGUACAGACAAUUCUGAUUAAAGAAAAUCUUGUGUAUAAAA